AUGACUCAUAUAGAAGAACUGCAAAAGAUUUUAAAACCAGGUGUAAAGUUUCGCAAUUGGUCAAAAACUUUCGGGUGCGCACCAGAAUUAUAUUUUGAACCCGAGUGUGAAGAGGAUGUGAUUAAGAUCGUAGAAUUAGCAAAAACUAAUAACAAGAAUGUUCGAGCCAUUGGUUCAGGUCAUUCGCCAUCUGAUCUAGCAUGUACCGAAGGAUACAUGAUAAACAUGGACAAACUUAAUCGUAUCUUAAAAAUUGAUCGCGAAGCGAAAACCGUGGUAGUAGAAGCUGGGAUGAAAUUGCAUAAAUUAAAUGCGGAAUUGAACAAACACGGCAUGGCAUUGAGCAGUCUGGGUUCGAUCUCGGAUCAAAGCAUUUCUGGUGCGAUCUCUACGGGGACUCACGGAAGCGGAAUUAAUUUUAGGAAUCUUUGUGGUCAGAUCGUAUCUCUAACCCUAGUCACAUCGUCGAAAGGUGUUAUGCGCUGUUCAGCAAACGAAAAUCCAGACGUAUACAAAGCAGCUUUAUGCAGUUUAGGCGCAUUGGGAGAACUCAAACCUCGAGAUUCCUCUUACAUACGAGAUACCCUUCUCGGCUUCCAUGCCUAUCAAUUAUUCCUCUAUCUCUCCCGAUUUGUACCUUCCAUGAACCCCCUGAUCACUCGGGCAAUGUUCAACUUGAGUUUCUCCAAGCCCGCCCAUGUAAUAGACACUUCUUAUAAGGUUUUCAAUUUCGAUUGCAUGUUCCCACAAUACGUUAAUGAGUGGUCAAUACCAUUGGAUAAAACUGAGGUGGCAAUGAGAAAAUUAUAUAAAUGGGUGGAUGGAAGUGGAUUGAGUAUGCAUUUUCCUGUGGAAGUGAGAUUCGUGGAUCAGGACGAUGUUUGGUUGAGUCCGGCUUAUGGAAGAAGGCGUAUUCUUUUGUUCUUUAGGCCAUAUCAUCAGCCUGUACCUUAUAAGAAGUAUUGGGCUGCCUUUGAGGAAAUUAUGAAAUCCUGUGACGGUAGACCUCAUUGGGCCAAGGGGCACAGUAUGUCCGUGUCGGAACUCUCGAAAUCCUAUCCAAAAUUUGAUUCUUUCAUAGACAUUCAGAAACAGCUUGACCCAUCUGGGAUAUUUCUAAAUCCGUAUUUGAAUAGGCAUCUGUUUGGACUCAAAGGUGAAAAUUAUGAUACAAGUAGAUUUAAGGCUAAGUUGAGGAACAGGAGUUUCAUUCCACUAAUCCAGUUCGCUCUUUCGGAGAUUAGAAUAGACAGGUUUAUUGAUAAGGCCAAUAGGAAUCCACCGCAAAAAACGCCAAUAGCGCAUAGUUAUCACAAUAAUGACAGCUAUUAUGGGAAUGAGUAUCCUGAUCAACAUGAAUUCGAUAAUUCCUAUAAUGACGAAUGCAGAACGCCAAUAUUUCGAUAUGAAUGUCUAGACGAGAAAAUUGUUUUAUUACUUAUUCAAGAUUGUCAAAUAAACAUCCCUCUUAACAUCCUUAGAGGAAUUGAAAAGGUUCAGGAAAGAAGUAUCAGUUUGAUCUUGAGAGAAUCCGCGAAACCCCAGGAGCAUAUCAUAAUCAAACUCCAUUCAAACGAUGACACCAGAAUCUUCCUAUUCCCGAAAUCAGUAUCCUCGUAUACAACCAUCAAGCAAACCAUUGAGGAGGCUCUAUAUAUAUCAUAUAUCGAUAAAUUCAAGUAUCGCGACGAUUCUGGUGAAUUCAUCACGAUUUCUACUCCGCGUGAAUUCGACAUUGCGUUGAAAUUGUACGCGAAGAAUAAUAAGAUGGAACUUUGGUAUAUGAAUACCGCCGGCUCUUAUGGAAAU